AAUGAAUGCCUAAUUCAUACAAUAAUUUAUUUAGGACUCCUCUUGGCCUGAAAAUGUAAAAAAAGAGUUCUUGGCUCAAUUACACAAAUUCAUGGCGACUCUUACUGAGUAUUCCUUCAGUCAAGAAGGCAUUACUGAGUUGUAUAUCCCAAAUGAAGACUUGAAUAAUAUUGAGUAGGCUUCUUAUGACAAAGACUUGUUGUAAAGAUUAGAGGCAACCUUAUUACAUUGGUAGAGACAAAUCAAAGACAUAGUGAACAAUUAAGAAUUGGCUAUUGAGAAUGAGAAUGCAGGCCUACUUGAUGAGAUCUCUUAUUUGAGAUAAAGAAAAAAUAAUUUGUCACAUAUUCAUGAAUAAUUGGAGAAGCCAGAGUUUAAAAGAAUCAUCUAAAUAUUGAGCGAUAGUCAAUAUGUCUAAAGUUUCAAGGAAUGUUACUCAAAAUUAAGAUCACAUUCAUCAAACAUGUAAUGAAAAACCAUAAUUUAUUGGGCUGAUAAUGUUAUAGAUAUUCCUUUUAAGACUGCAUAUUCUGUUUCCACUAGACUAGUUGCUGAGGAAGAAGAUACGAUCCUUAAUUUUUAACUUUGACCUUACC